UGGUUGUGUUGUAAAAUUUUCAGUUUCAUUUCUGUUGUGUUCUUGGUGUUAGCUUUCUUUUAAAAUAGUAGGAAACAAAGUAUUUGUUUAUGAAUUGAACAAUUAGCUAUCAAAAUGUCUGUAUUUCACACAAAAACAAUCGAGGGCAUAUUAGAGCCUGUCGCCCAACAAGUCUCUCGGUUAGUCAUUCUUCAUGAAGAAGCUGAAGAUGGGAAUGCCAUGCCAGAUUUAUCAAGACCUGUUGAAGCUGUUAGUUUAGCUGUAGCCAAUCUAGUCAGGGUUGGUCGGGAAACUAUUAGCAGCAGUGAUGACCCUAUAUUUCGGCAAGACAUGCCAACAGCAUUGACAAGGGUAGAAAAGGCAUCCAAAUUACUUGAAGAAGCUUCUGUCAUGUUAAGACGAGAUCCUUAUUCUCAACCUGCAAGGAAAAAACUAAUCGAAGGUGCAAAAGGCAUUCUGCAGGAUACAUACGCAUUGCUACUUUGUUUUGAUGAGUCUGAAGUUAGAAAAAUAAUCAGAGAAUGCAAGAAGGUUCUUGAUUACCUUGCUGUUGCUGAAGUUAUUGAAAAUAUGGAAGACUUAGUUCAGUUCGUUAAGGAUCUCAGUCCUUGUUUGACUAAAGUUUCUAAAGAAGUUGAUGCAAGAGAGAAAGAAUUGAUUCACCAAGUUCAUAGAGAGAUUUUAAUUCGUUGCCUGGAAUCAGUCAAAUCUCUAGCACCUAUACUGAUUUGCAGCAUGAAAAUCUUUGUUCAGCUUUUAAGUCAAGGCGGAAAAGGUGUUGAUGAAGCUGCUGAAAAUAGAAAUUAUCUUGCUCAAAGAAUGACCGACGAAAUUAAUGAAAUCAUUCGUGUGUUACAACUAACUAAUUAUGAUGAGGAUGAAUGGGAUGCUGACAAUAUAACUGUGAUGAAGAAAGCACAAAAUGCCAUGGAUGGAAAACUUGAAGCUGCUCAUGAUUGGCUUGAAGAUCCUACUACUGUUGUAGGUGGAGUAGGAGAAAAGUCAUUACGAUAUAUCCUUGGCUAUGCUCAACGUGUUGCUGAAAGAUGCUUGCCACCUGAUAACACAGCAAUACAAAAAAUGUGCGGGGAUAUAACUGCAAUGACAAAUGCCUUAUGUGAAUUAAGGCAAGAAGGAAAGGGUGCAACACCGCAAGCAGAAGCAUUAUCAAGAGGAAUAAGUCAGAAGCUAAGAGAGUUAAUAAGACUUGUAAGCAAUGGCAUUUCCAAUGUAGAACGCAGUAAUAUUCAACAACCUGCUCAUACUCUUAAUGGAAGAAUUGAGCAAGCAAGAGCAUGGCUCUCAAAUCCAUCAUUUAAUGACAAUGGAUUAGGGUAUCAGGCUGUACAACUUGUAGUAGCAGAUGGUAGAAAAAUAAUUAGUAGCUGCCCUCCUUCUGAGCAAUACACCGUUCAACAGUUAUGCUCUGAAACUGAAAAUUUAUCCCGCCAACUUGCUGAAAUGUGUCGUCAUGGACAAGGAAACAGUUAUCAAGCUAUAAAUGUUGCUCAAACAGUAUCUGGUAAAUUGCAAGAGCUUAAAGCUAAGAUUCAAGAGACAAUAGUUAGCAGAGUGGUUAAGGAUUUCAUUGAUAUUACUACACCUCUUAAACAGUUUACUGAUGCAGUUUUGAAACCAGAAGGAGCACCAAAUCGAGAAUUAAAUUUCAAUGAAAACGCUCAGGCUCUUAGCAAUUUCACUCAUCGCAUGGCAGCAACAGCACGUAGUGUUGCAACAGGUGGCUCUGCUAAUAAAAAGUUGGCCGAGUUAUUAUUGAAUUCUGCUAAUCAGGUUGAAAGUUUGACACCUCAAUUAGUAAAUGCUGGACGUAUUCGAAUGUCUUACCCAGACAAUAAAGCUGCUGAUGAAAAUUUUGAAAACUUAAGAAAACAAUAUGCAGAAAGUGUGCACAAGAUGAGAACAUAUGCUGAUGAAGCCACAGAUACUGUUAGUUUCAUUAAAAUGUCAGAGGAUAGUAUUAAAGAGCAUACUAGGGCUUGUGAAGAUUCUAUUGCAACAUUUGAGCCUCAAAAAAUGGUAGAAAACACAUCAUCUAUUGCACGUUUGGCGAAUCGAGUUUUGAUGGUUGCGAAACAAGAGUCGGAUAAUUCAGAAGAUCCAUAUUUUGUUGAAAGAGUCAACCAAGCUGCUGAUUUAUUGCAAUCAACUGUAACUCCUAUGGUUCAAAAUGCAAAAAUGGUUGCGAUGGAUAUAACUGAUGCUAAAGCUGCCUCAUGUUGGCGUAGUAGCAAUAAAGGUCUAAUUACUGCUGUUGGGCAAGUUCUUUAUGCUGUCAAAGUAACACCAGACUUUCCUCCUGAAAUUCCACCCCCUCCUGAUAUGAGUGUGCUAAAUUUAAAUGAUGAAGCUCCACCACGUCCACCUUUACCAAACUCUGAAGAGCAUCCUCCUCCACGCCCACCACCUCCAGAAACAGAUGAUGAAUUUGAAGCGCAUUUUCCAAUAAUUCAACCAAAUCAGCCUAUAAUGGUGGCUGCCCAUGGACUUCAUCAAGAAGUAAAACAAUGGUCUAGCAAAGAUAAUGAAAUUAUUGCAGCUGCUAAGAAAAUGGCAUUGCUCAUGGCUAAACUUAGUCAACUUGUGAGAGGUGACAGUGGUUCUAAAAGGGAUCUGAUUGCUUGUGCAAAGGACAUUGCUGAAGCUUCUAAAGAAGUUACUCGUCUAGCUAAAGAACUUGCACGCAUGUGUACUGAUAAACGAAUGCGUACAAACAUUCUCCAAGUUUGUGAACGCAUUCCAACUAUUGGAACUCAACUCCGAAUAUUAUCAACCGUCAAAGCCACUAUGCUUGCUGGUCAAGGGACAGAUGAAGAUUUAGAAGCUACAGAAAUGCUUGUAGGAAAUGCACAAAAUCUUAUGCAGUCUGUGAAAGAAACUGUACGGGCUUGUGAAGCAGCUUCUAUUAAAAUUCGAACAGAUUCUGGUAUUCGUGUUAGAUGGAUAAGAAAGCAGCCUUGGUACCAGUAUUGAUAAAUCUCCCAUCUAAAACUUUGCAGAACAUUUCUAGAUACUAGUGCUAUUAACUUUACUCCUAUACAAUGUAAAAGGCUUAUUCUGUAAUCAAUGAUAGCAAUAUUAAUUAGUACUGUUUUUAUGGAUUUAAUUAUUCUUUUGCAAAACUGCAUUUUCUGAUGUUGUAAAAGUGCUUGUAAUUUAGAUAUGAUCUUGUGUUAAACCUUUGAAUUUAUUACUUAAUAUUUUGAGUUUGUACUUAGUUUUGAUGCUUAAAAUGUCUGAAAAUAUGUCACCUAUUUCUUUUAUGAAAUAUGCAUCAUCAUUUUCAUUUUCUUUUUGAUAUUCUGUACAGUCAAACGUAUACUAAGUCUUUUUAUUUGAUCUAAUUCUAUUUCUGUUUUAAGACAUGUCUCUUUUACAUUACUUGCCAAUGUAGUGCUUGCUUGAAAAUAUUUUGUUUUCUGCAUUAUUUGUAUCAGCUGUCAUUUUUACCUCUGGACAUUGGUUUCAGAAUUCUAUUUUGGAUCAGUGUGUUGGUUCGUUAAGUUAUUUAGUUUGGUUUCUUGGAAUUAUAGACACGUGUGUUUAUGCAAUUUGUCCAUUUAAAGUCCAUUAUUUCAACAGAAUUUUGUUUUUACAUUAUUCUUAUUUAUUAGCUAAAUUUUUAGCUGCUUGUUAUAUGUAUUUUUAGAUUUUUGAAAAUUAAGUGCUAAUAUUUUCGUAACAAAUCCUUCAUAAAUGUUAAUGUGUAAAUAAAGUAAAAAGCUUUAUAAUUGUUGACUGCCACAGUAUUAAAAAUUCUGUGCUUUAAAUUUGGUAGCAGAUUACUAAAUAAAAUUUUCUUCUGAAAGAACUUAGGUGUUUUCUGUGUUUAUACAGAUUGUAAACAAUUUCCUGGUGCUCAAAUCUCUGUUAGAAAUUGUUAGUAAAUGCUUCAGUUCAAAAAAGAUCAUGUAAAAUGUUUUAGUUUAUUUUAUUAUUUUUUUCUCCCUUUUGAUUGAAAAAUCAAGAUUUUAAAAACUUUAUGUAUGUUUCUUUUCUCAUAUUGCAUUGUUUUGUUGUUUUUACAUAAAUUGUAUAAUGGUUUUAACAAAAAAUGUUAUCUAUUUUUAUGUAUUUUAUUUUAAUUGUUAGUAAAUGCUUUAGUUCAAAAAAGAUCAUGUAAAAUGUUUUAGUUUAUUUAAUUAUUUUUUUCUCCGUUUGAUUAAAAAAUCAAGAUUUUUAAGAACUUUAUGUAUGUUUCUAUUCUCAUAUUGCAUUGUUUUGCUGUUUUUACAUAAAUUGUAUAAUGGUUUUAACAAAAAAUGUUAUCUAUUAUUAUGUUUUUUAUUUUAAUUGUUAGUAAAUGCUUUAGUUCGAAAAAGAUCAUGUAAAAUGUUUUAGUUUAAUUAUUUUUUUUCUCCGUUUGAUUAAAAAAUCAAGAUUUUUAAAAACUUUAUGUAUGUUUCUAUUCUCACAUUGUUUUGUUGUUUUUAAAUAAAUUGUAUAAUGGUUUUAACAAAACAUGUUAUCUAUUAUUAUGUAUUUUAUUUUUAUUAAGUGUGAAAAUCAAAUGAUAUAAUUUCAAUGAGAAAAAUUGAAUGUUAUCAAAUUGAAUUUUUUUUAAUUCUUGAAUUAUAUCCUUUCUGAUCUUGUUAUUUUAUUUGUUGCUUUGCAUUUACUUUUAAGAUACUGAUUUUUGUCUAUGACAGUUAAAUAAUUAUUGCAUCUUUCUUCUAGAUAUACUAUAUUUUCAUGCUUUCAUAUUAAAACAAUUGAAUCUUAGCAGAUUGUUAAACCAGCAUGUUAUUAAAAGCAGGGGAAAUAGUGACUCACAGUUUUUUUUUUUUUUUAUGAAGUUUCAUAUCUUUUCAAUUGGUUAGUGAUUUGUCAUAAUUUAAUGAAAUGCAUCAGUCAAAUUUUGAGUCCAAAUGUUCUGCCAAAUGUAUGAGCUUUGACGAAACUUCUUAGGAAAAUGAUAUUGAUUGAAGUGCCUAUAAAGACCAAUGUUUGAAAGCGAGAGUUUUGUUGAUAGCAUUAAAUAUAUAUAUAUUUCCAAAUAGAAAAUGCAGCUCCAAAUCUUGUUAAAGCUUAAAACUCUUAUUUAUAUUUAAGUGCAAAACAUUCAGAACACAUUGUGCAAAUGUUAUGAGUAACAAGUGUUGAAUAUGUUAAACCUGAACAUCUGUGUCUUGUUGACUGGCGUUCAAUGUCAAAACAAAUAUUACUCUCACGGGAUAUCGAGAAAUCACUCAAAAAAACAUAGUUCUCAACCUUAUGCCUUCUAAGAAUACACAGAAUCUUGAAAAAUACUGUAUUCCAUGUAUCAGCUGGCUCUGUGGUAAGAUCAAAGGAGACCAGGCUCUGGCCCUCACUGUUUUUGUCAUUUCCUGGCAUGAUGCAUAGUAGAAGAUCUGCAAAAAAAAUCUUUGAAUUUUCACAUUCAAUAUUUUUUUUUAAAAUUAAAUGCAUUUCUUUACAAUUAAAUUCAAAUACCGUAUUACCCCGCAUUUUCCGGCAUGCCACAAAAUUUGGAGGUCACCAGAUUUUCAAUAACACUUACCUGGUCCUUUCCUGCAUGCUGGAAAAAUCGAGGUUAGGAAAAAAUAAUAAUACUAUAAAAAAUAUAUGUUCUAUACAUAUCUGAUUAGUAUUAAUAAAGUUUAAUUUUAUAAAAAUAUUAACUAACAAUGUCAUUUGUUAUUUUAAUAAGGAAAAUAUUAUUAAAUAUUGAAUAACUUUAUAAAAAUUAAAUUAAAACCAAGCAAACAUGUAAGCCAGUGCUAAAGAAUAUUGUAGCUAUUCAAUAAAUAAAAAUUAAACUCACCUCUCUAAAAGGAACCUCAAAAAAUUUAUUUAAAAAGUUAUGAAAGAAUUAUAGUAACAAUGAUGGUUUCUGAAUUGAUUACUUUAUUGGCAUAUAAUUAAAUCCAUUAAUAAUGACCUUCCAUAAAUAACAAGCGCAUAUCAUAUGCAAUAAACAGUUGGAACUGAAUGGGGAAAUUUGCUUUUGUUUUGUUGCAAAAUAAACCUCAAAUUAUCCAGCAUCGGCAUGCUGGUCAACCUCUUGUGAUAUCUAUUGGAAGGAAAUAAGCUAAAAUAGACAGUGGAACCCCCAAGUUUAAUUUGUCCGCUUCAUACACUAUCCUGCUCUCAACCUCAUUUUCUGCUAAUCCCUGAAAAAAGGCUAUACUGAUGAUGUUACAAUAUUCUGGAUUCUAGGUUACUUUUUUCAGAAAGUCUGCUCAAUAGAUCAAUAGGUUGUUCUUUAGGCAGUCCUCUACAAUACUCCAACUUUUUUUUUUUCAAGAUAAAUUUGUUUUAUAGCAGAUUGAAGUUGUUCUGGCGUUCUUUUUGUUCUGUCUAACUGUCCUUUGUCUGUGAGAGGGAUUUCCUCUGGUCAUCCAAUCUUCCUUCAUGGCAAUUAAGGACAAGACCUGCUGAUACUCUUGAAAAUUUUCCACAGGAUAGUGACGCGUGUAACGUCUCAUCACUUCACAUUCCUUCAAAUCAGAAUCCUGUUUUCAAUGAUAAUGAUGAAGGCAAAGAAGAAAUAAUAGAAGAUGUCCUCACAACUGAUCAAAUAAUUCUAAGCAUAAAAACUUUAAAACUGUUUUGACUUCUGAAUGCCAUCGAAGAAGCAAAUUUUCAAAAAAAAGAAAAAAGUACCGUAUUACCCCACAUUAUCCAGUAUGCCGCAAAAUUCGGGGGUCACCAGAUUUUCAAUAUCACUUGCCUGGUCCUUUCGGUAUGCCGGAAAAAUCAAGGUUUGGAAAAAAAAUAAUAAAUAUAUUUUCAGCUUAAAAAUGAAUAUAAGUUCAAUACAUAUCUUAUUAAUAUUAAUGAACAGUUUAAUUUUGUAAAAAUAUUUACUAACAAUGUCAUUUGUUAUUUUAACAAGAGAAAAAUAUUGUUUAAUAACGAAUAAUUUUACAAAAAUUAAAUUUAAACUAAGCAAACAUUUAAUCAGUAAGUUACUGCCCCUAAACCAGUGCUAAAGAAUUUACCAUAGCUAUUCAAUAAAUUAAAAUUAAACUUACUUCUGUAAAAAGAACCAAAAAAAAAUUUAUUUAAAAAAUUAUGAACAAAUCGCAGUAACGAUGAUUGCUUCUCAAUUGAUUACUUUAUUGGCAUAUAAUUAAAUACAUUAAUAAUGACCUAUGAUAAAUAGUAAGUACAUAUUAUAUGCAAUGCAUUUUUUUUUUUUUUUUGGAAGAGGGUUACUUUCGAUAUUUGUUUAUAUUUCCUUACAGCGGUUUGCUUUCUGAUUGGAACUGAAUGGAGAAAUUUACUUUUGUUGCAAAAUAAACCUCAAAUUAUCUUGCAUGCCGAAAAAUUUGAAUUUCCUGGCAUGCUGGUCACCUCGCUUUUUUCUGGCAUGCCGGAUAAUGGGUGGUAAUACGGUAAAGAGAUUGCUCAUUUUUCUCACUACUUCAUUGCAUAGGAAUCAACUUUUAAACAAUAUGCUAAGAUUUUUAUCACUGCUCCAAUUUUACGUUUUCCUGCUUGGAAUUUUUUUUAUCACUGGUCCGACCGAAAACAUAAAAUCUGGGUUCCACUGCACAAACUAUGAAAGAAAAUAUCGGAAUAUUUUAAUUUAAAAAUAAUACUAAAUGCAUUUCUGUCAACACUUGUUACAGAUUCUUAACACCAACAUUUAAAUAUUAACACAAUGUUAUAUUGUAUUUCCAAUGUUCUGAUGCCGUAUAACAUAGAUCAUAAACGAUUCUUAUGUGUUUUUGUUUAAAAAUUUAAACUAGAAACACUCUAGUUCACUCAAUAAGGUUGUUUUUCAUGAAGUACUGUCUUUCAUGACUUGUGGAAAAAGUACAUAUAUAUAU